GCCCCCACUCUCCUCGCGACGUGGACGCUCCCGCGUGCGGCUCCGCCCCUGGGGUCCACGUGGUGGGCAGCGUUCCCCCGGCUCCUGCGUGGUGGCUCGUCCGGCGUCGGGAUGGAGGGCGCCCCGGCCUGCGGCGCCGCGCGGUUCUCCUGCCCUCCCCACUUUACGGAGAUGUCCCCAGAAUCGGAUCCCCCACGAUUCUCCUUGGAAACUCUGACAGGUCCAGACACAGAGUUGUGGCUUAUCCGAGCCCCUGCAGACUUCGCCCCACAGUGCCUCAAUGGCCGGCGCGUGCCUCUCUCUGGCUCGAAGACUGUUAAGGGCAAACUGGACGGCAAGAAGCACCGGUAUCGAGUGUUAACCAGCAGCCCCCAGGCCGGAGAUGCCAGCAUGUUAGCAUCGUCAGUGGAGGAGGGAGGUAGACUCACGUGCGCCCCAGCCCCCCGUGGGAGCUUAAGGAUCAUGGAGGGUCCUCAAGAAUAUCUUAUCUCUCGGGUCCCCCUGCAGCCGAUCCCCACAAGCCUCCCGCCUCAGAUCCCUGCUGGCCUGCGGCCUCGGUUCUCUGCCUUCGGAGGCAGCCUUCCAGUCCCUGGGCCUGGGUCAGCCUUGGCUCUGAGGUCACCCACUUCAGGAAAGAGGAAAAAGAAAAAGGGCACAGAGGCCUCAGCUGCCCAGGAGGUGGUAAACGGGCAUGGGGCCAUGGAGGUGGACCCAGCCGGGGGUGACCUAGGAACGGAAGUGAGGAAGAAGAAGAAAAAGAAGCAUCGGGUAGGUGAGGUAGAGAUGAUGGAGGCCGAGGCGAUGGAGCAUCGGGUAGGUGAGGUAGAGAUGAUGGAGGCCGAGGCGAUGGAGCCCUUGGCAGAGUUGGCAGAGUUGCCAUUCCCAUCUGCCACCAGCAGCAAAAAGAGGAAGAAGUUCAAAGCAGCAGAGACACUCCAGCUGGAAGAGGAUCCAGGGCACACAGAACCUGCGGCUCAAACAGAGCCUCCUGAGGGGACUGUCCUCUCCCCCACCAAAAAGAGAAAGAGGCUAAAGGAGGCAGAAGUGGACAGCACCAUUGUGGACCCUCAGCCGCAGGAACCCCAGGAGGAGACCAUCCUGCCAACACCCACAAAGAGGCGGAGGAAAGAAAAGAGGCAGAAUUUGAUGAUGGAGCCAGAGAUGGGCCUCCCUGGAGUGAUCACGGAGCCUGACAUUUCAGAACAUGGGCUUCAAACUGAGGUAGCUCCUGUGUCCCCCAAGAAGACAAAGAAGAAGAAAAAGGAAAAGUGGCUGGACCAGGCACUGGCCUUGGGGGCAGAGGUGACAGAAACUGUACUUCCGGCCAACCCUGAGCCCCAGGUGGCUCCAGCACCCAGCAAGAAGAAGAAAGAGAAAGGACAGAAGGAAACAGAGCCAAGGUCUGAGGUGACUGACAGAAUAGAUUCUGAGGAACCUGAGGCCAGGACAGGUCAAGGAUCCACCAAGAAGAAGAAGAUGGAUCAGUAAAGUGGAGUGCAAGACACCGUUCCCCACUGGGAGAUGUCUCCCACAGGACAGGAGAAGAAGCAAAAGAGGAAGCUUCAGCAGGAGCCCUAGUAACGCUGUGGGGAAACCGAGGAACUGGCAGGCUGAGGUGAGCCCAGGAAGGCUGUCAGAAAUUAAUGGCAGAGACAAUCCCUACCCUCAAAGCCGACACAGGAGCACAUCUGGCAGGAGCCUGGGCAUGGAAUGCUUUAUUGUGACACUGGCCUUCGUGGCAUCAUGUCAAUGCGGAGCUCUGAGGAAGGGUUCAUGGAGGACAUCGAAGAGCCUGCGGGCCUGAGGGCGAGGGGGGAAGGGAGCUGGUCAUUAAAGGCGCUGUUUGGUUUGCCUGCUCUGCUUGGAA